GUGUUGGGCUGCUUUUUCAACACCUCCGGCCGCAUCGUCUCUCUCCCUCACACAAAUCUCCACUGACACUGCGUCUUCUUUAAAAGCCUCAAGCCGCCCGGAGACUUCUUAGCCUCUCUUCCCAACUCAAUCACUCCAUCUCUACCACAAUGUCUUCCGAAACUGCUGUCGGAGACUUCGGUCUCAUCGGUCUGGCCGUCAUGGGUCAGAACCUGAUCCUCAACGCUGCCGACCACGGCUUCACUGUUGUUGCCUUCAACCGCACUGUCUCCAAGGUCGACCGUUUCCUCGAGAACGAGGCCAAGGGCAAGUCGAUUGUUGGUGCUCACUCCAUCAAGGAGUUCUGCUCCAAGCUCAAGAAGCCCCGCCGUAUGAUGAUGCUCGUCAUGGCCGGCAAGCCCGUCGACGACUUCAUUGAGCUCCUGCUGAACGAGGGUGGCAUCGAAGAGGGUGAUAUCAUCAUUGACGGUGGUAACUCUCACUACCCCGAUACCAACCGCCGCACUCAGUACCUCGCCGCCAAGGGUAUCCGCUUCGUCGGUACCGGUGUCUCCGGUGGUGAGGAGGGUGCCCGUUACGGUCCCUCGAUCAUGCCCGGUGGUAACGCCGAGGCCUGGCCUUACAUCAAGGAUGUCCUCCAGGGCAUCUCCGCCAAGUCUGACGGCGAGGCCUGCUGCCAGUGGGUUGGUGACGAGGGUGCUGGUCACUACGUCAAGAUGGUUCACAACGGUAUCGAGUACGGUGACAUGCAGCUCAUUUGCGAGGCCUACGACAUCAUGAAGCGUGGUCUUGGUCUCUCCAACAAGGAGAUGGGUGAUAUCUUCUCCCAGUGGAACAAGGGUGUCCUUGACUCCUUCCUUAUCGAGAUUACUCGUGACAUUCUUUACUUCAACGACGAGGACGGUUCGCCUCUUCUCGAGAAGAUCAUGGACUCUGCUGGCCAGAAGGGUACCGGCAAGUGGACCGCCAUCAACGCUCUUGACCUCGGCAUGCCCGUCACCCUUAUCGGCGAGUCUGUCUUCUCCCGCUGCCUGUCUUCCCUCAAGCAGGAGCGUGGCCGUGCCUCCAAGCUCCUCUCCGGCCCCACCCCCAACUUCACCGGUGACAAGCAGAAGUUCAUCGACGACCUUGAGCAGGCCCUUUACGCCUCCAAGAUUAUCUCAUACGCCCAGGGCUUCAUGCUCAUGCAGAACGCCGCCAAAGAGUACAAGUGGAAGCUCAACAAGCCCGAGAUUGCCCUCAUGUGGCGCGGUGGCUGCAUCAUCCGCUCCGUCUUCCUCAAGGACAUCACCACUGCCUACCGCAACAACCCCGAGCUCGAGAACCUUCUCUUCGACGACUUCUUCAACAAGGCCAUCCACAACGCACAGGAGGGCUGGAGAAACGUUGUCGCCAAGGGUGCCCUCUGGGGUCUUCCUACUCCCUGCUUCAGCACCGCCCUGUCCUUCUACGACGGUUACCGUGCCGAGAACCUCCCCGCCAACCUCCUCCAGGCCCAGCGUGACUACUUCGGUGCCCACACUUUCAAGAUCAAGCCUGAGUUCGCCAACGAGAAGUACCCCGAGGGCAAGGACAUCCACGUCAACUGGACCGGCCGCGGUGGUAACGUUUCGGCCUCUACCUACAACGCUUAAGCGAAGAUACGAUGAGACGAAGGAAGAAGAAUGUCUGCUGCAGAGAUACAGAUGGGCCAUACCAAUAAAGGCACCGGUCUCUUGCUAUGCGUAGUGCAAUGAAAGAUAACCCCAAUAGUCAUGAACAAGCAAUUUCUUUUACAGUUAAAAAUGAUACACCCUUUCCUACGGAAUUUCCUAUUAUCGAGCCAGUUAUUACAUGUGUUGGUGUCUCUGAUGUGACACGAGCGUUGGGGCUGGCGAUUGUG